AUGGGUGCAUCCUGUGGUCGAUUCAUUCAAGUCUACAAGCACUGCCGCGCUACGCACUACAGACGCACAAAGACUUUCGGACAUCGACCUGAAAAGGAGCUGUGGAGCAAAAAUGACAAGGUGCAAUUGAGGAUGUUUGCAGGCAGCUGGAACAUGGGCAACGAAGUCCCUCCCAGCAAGCUUCAGGACUGGCUGAAGCCUGGGUGCGACAUCUAUCUGAUAGCUGUCGAGGAGUGCUACUACACGCCGCGUCCAGAGUACGACUGCUGCCGGGACGACUGGUGCAAUUUGGUGCAAGAGGCGCUGCCUUCGUCGGUGAUGAUCGCGAGGCAUGAUAUGGGCCACUGCCAGAUCCUGCUUUUGACAUCCGCACGGGUGAGUGCGUGCAUCCACACAGUGGUUGCAAGCCACGAGGAGACGGGACUAGGAGGCUUAUACUCCAACAAGGGUGGCUUGGCCUUGUCCUUUUACAUCGGCGAUACAGGCCUUUGCUUCGUGGGAUCACAUUUGGCAGCCCACCAGGGAAACGUUCAACGUCGCAACCUGGACACGGCCCACAUUAUUGAGGGCAUUUGCCUGACAAACGACUCGCAGAGGCCGUUGACGAAUCAGUUUAUGCACGUGAUCUGGGUUGGUGACCUGAACUAUCGGAUUGACCUGGAGCCGGAGGAGUGCGAGCGACUCAUCCACGAGCGGGCCUGGGAGGAGCUCCAGCAGCACGACCAACUGCUGAAGGUUCAAUCCGAGGGCACGGCCUUUUGUAACUUUCGAGAAGGUGUGUUGAGCUUCCCUCCCACCUAUCAGCACACUGCAGGUGAGCCGCCCGAUCCGCAGACGGGCCUGCGCAGAUAUGAUGCGCGGAAGGCAAGGGUUCCAUCAUGGACGGACCGCGUGCUGUGGCGAUCGUUCCCGGAUGCCGAGCUGCAGUUGGAGGCGGGGUCCUACACGAGUUCCCCUGAGGUUUGCACCAGCGACCACUCCCCGGUGAGUGCCAUCUUCCGCUGUCCGGUGAUGCGGCCCUUCAACACUGCGGGGAAGACUGGGCAGCUCUUCAUUCGUCUCAGCAAUUUGAUGGCAACAGGUCUGCAGCCUGGGGAGCACCACAUCUCCUGUAGGGCGCAGUUCUGCGAAGAGAGCAAGCACACAGCCAAUGCAAUGUGCAAGGACGGCAAAGCGAAUUUCCACUCAGUGAUCCUGAAAACAAAGCCUGGCGUGUGCAGCAUCAAAUGGUUGCAGACACGCCACAUCCUCAUCGCGAUUUGCAAAGUGGACGACGCACUUGAGAGUGCUCACAUGCGCUCCCAUCCGGUGUCGACAAUCAUGGCUUUGACAGGCCUUGCAGAACAAUUUGAGGAGACUGAUGGGUGUGGAGUGGUAAGCCUCUUGGGAGCUGACAAGCCGAAGGAGUUUACUGCCAGCCUCAGCAAUUCUUUGGGCGUUCCUGCCGGCAGCCUGCAUGGUGAGAUUCAGGUUUGCGCGCCGCCAGCACACGACCCAGAUGGAAUUUUGAACUUUACAGCUGCAUCAGCCCAAUCCUUCGCGAAUGCGAGAGAAUUAGCUGCUGAUGACGCCCAGCGUUGCUGUCUAAAUUUCAAGAUGAUGAGUUUAGUUUGA